AUGGUUUCAUCAACCAUAAACUCUGCCCUUGCAUUUGAUGUGGUUCAGCGUCAACACAGCCGCUCUGGCGACCAAGUAUUCGUGUCUCAUACGAUGUUUUCGGAAACGGCGCAGGUGAUUGGCUACGCCAUGGGUUGCCUGUCGGCACUUUUCUACCUUUUAGGUCGUGUGAUGCAGCUGAAUGACAACAUCAAGCAAAAAUCAACGCAGGGAGUGUCGAUCGUCACCUUCUGGCUGAUAAUCGUCGCCAAUGCCACUUACGGUAUCUCAGUUUGCCUCGGUGGCUCCGGAGUCGAUUAUUACGUUUUGCAUUUGCCGUGGCUCGUUGGCAGUUUCGGUUGCAUCUUCAUGGACGCGGUCGUGAUGUUUCAGUACUAUUUCGUGUACAGCACCCGCUUUAGUUCCAAGGUUCAACCACGCAGCGACGGAACGUCCUGCUGUAAGAACGCUUUCUGA